UCACCCGCAAAUAACAAAACUGACUUUUAGUUAAGACAAAGAAGACGAGAAAAGCGAAAAACUUACCUAUGGGAAGCGGCAAAAAUUGGGAGGGACAUCAUUCUUUAAAAUUUUAAGAUCUCUCAUUCUACUCAUCCAUUGGUACUUCGGAGCUACAGUUUCACAUCGCUUCGUUUCAGUUAAAUUUCCGGUGGAAAUAAUUUCAGUUUCCAGUUACUUACCUCGAGUUUCGCACUCUUCGGUUGCAAUAAUUGGACGUCUGUUUUCAAGUUUUCGUUUGAGCUUUUAGAUUUGUGGAUUUUCAAGGCAUGAACACUACGUGAUGGGGGUUAGAUAUUCAAAUUUGGAGGGUUUUGAGAAGAUGUCAGGGAAUGUAGAUGAUGCUUCCUCAAUACUUGAUACAUCAAAGGCAGAACGUUCAGUAUGGCUUAUGAAGUGUCCUCAGGUUGUUGCUCGAGCUUGGAAAGAAUAUGGUGAUGCAGGUCAACCAUUAGCCAAAAUAACUGUCUCUGUUGAUCCACUAAAGACAAAUGAUUAUCCAGCUGAUAUAAAGGUUGUAGAUCCAGCAGCACCUGCUACUUUGAAUAAAAAGGCUGAAGUGGAUGAGACAUCUUCCGCUAAGCAAAGAAAGUCAGCCCAAAGCAAUAAAUCAGAGUUUAUGAUGGAGUUGAUGGCAAAUGGAUCUGCAACUGCACCGAAGAGCUAUUCCUUGAACAUGUCUGCUGAUAUUGUUCCCAUGUGUGUUUUGUUAGAGACAAGUCAAGGCAAGAUAGGAUAA